AUGCUCGCGAAAACGCAUCGCCUUACCCCGUGCCCCAGGCACCGCGACGCUGCUGGCUGCAUGAUGCUCUUCCCACGCCUCCCUGCGUACUUGACCGCUUCCAAUGAUGGGACGUUGAGAGUUUGGCGCGCCCCGACUCUCGAGCACGUGGCAACGUUGAGAGUCUGCAGCCGCGGCUUCGAGGUGAAUGCGACAGUGCUUCUCCCUCAGCCCCUUGGCAAGGUGGCGGUCGCGAGCUCCGACUGCCACGUCUCCUACUUUGACCUGCUGGACGACGACCGCUGUGGCUUGCACGGUCGAAUGCUCUGCCCAGCCAUUCCGAUCGCCUUGCACGGCUGGAGCCUCUCGGGCGGCCAGCUCUGCCUCGCAAUCGGCGAUGUCGCUGGCGUGGCGCGGCCGCUGCCCCUCGGCAAGGGAGUGCGCACGUUCUUGGUCACGUCGCUUGCCCCGGGCCGGCUGCGGUGCGCUUCUGGUGGGCUCGAGCGCAGCGUAAACGUGUGGAGUCUCGAGAAUGGCGAGCUCGUUGGUUGCCUCAUCGGCCAUCACACGUCUGUGACUCACCUCUGCCUGGCCCCAGCGAGGAAGAGCGGGGGCAGUGCCCCUCUCCACGAGCCAGAUUUGCUGAUUUCGCUCGACACGCAAGGCACCAUACGCACUUGGGACUUGGGGAUGCUCAUCCCCGUGCAAUGCAUAACUCAUCUUCACGGUGCGCCAGAGCGCCCCACCGCGCUGGUCUACGAUCCGCUCCAGGCUCUCCUUAUCACUGUGAGCAAGCGGCCAGUCGCGUGGGAUCGCCACGCCGACGAUUCCUUUGGUGUCGGCGAGUCGGGCGACGACGAGCUUGCAACCGGCGCCAGCCUGCCUCAGCUGACAUCCGCGAGAGCGAGGUGGCCAUCCCAGCCACAGUCACCAACGAGGAGCUGGUAG